CUGUCGCCGGAUUUGUUGCGGAUGUUCGCGCCGAGGGCGCCGCUGAAGUGGUGCGCGCCGCCGGCGAAACCGAAAAAGACGCAGCGGAUGCAGGGGGUGGCGGCGUGCGUGAAGGAGUUUGAAACGGCGUCGAAGACGGCGACGCAGAAGCGGAAGGCCGGGGUGUACGUCGUGGUGACCAAGGAGGAACGCGCGGCGCGCAAGCGCGCCGCCGCCGAACGGAAAUCUCGCGAGUUGAUCGAGGCGGGUUUGGACGGAUAUCGUCCGAACGAAAACCCGAACGCGACGAGCGAUCCGUAUCGCACGCUGUUUAUCGCACGGUUGGCGUACGACGUAGAUGAAGACAAGCUCAGGCGCGAGGCGGAGUACUACGGCGCCGUGUCCGACGUCAAGUUGGUUCGCGACGAGAAGGGGAAAUCUCGCGGCUACGCCUUCAUCGAGUUCGAGCGCGAGGGCGACAUGCGCGCGGCGUACAGGGGCAUGGAUGAUCGUCGCAUCGAAGAUCGAAGGGUGAUCGCGGACGUCGAGCGUGGGCGCACAAAUAAAGGGUGGUUACCUCGCCGUCUCGGCGGCGGCGUCGGUCGCACGCGUGCGGGGUCAAAACGUGAAAACGUCGAGGCGCGCGGUCGCGAUCGAACGUAUGAUGAUCGU